GCGGCGGACAUGUCCGGCCCGCGCGCCGGCUUCUAUCGGCAGGAGCUGAACAAGACAGUGUGGGAGGUGCCGCAGCGACUGCGGGGGCUGCGCCCGGUGGGCUCGGGCGCCUACGGCUCCGUCUGCUCGGCGUACGACACGCGGCUCCGCCAGAAGGUGGCGGUGAAGAAGCUGUCGCGCCCCUUCCAGUCGCUGGUGCACGCCAGGCGGACCUACCGGGAGCUGCGGCUGCUCAAGCACCUGAAGCACGAGAACGUCAUCGGGCUGCUGGACGUCUUCACCCCGGCCACCUCCGUAGAGGACUUCAGCGAAGUGUACCUGGUGACCACGCUGAUGGGCGCCGACCUGAACAACGUGGUGAAGUGCCAGGUGCUGAGCGACGAGCACGUCCAGUUCCUCGUGUACCAGCUGCUGCGCGGGCUGAAGUACAUCCACUCGGCCGGGAUCAUCCACCGGGUAGGUGCGGGGGCGAGGGCCGGGCUCCGCGGGGCCGCCUGCGUUCCUCCCGUGCUCCCACCCUUGCCACCUGACCCCGACCCCGACCCUGACCCCGACCCGACCCUGCAGGACCUGAAGCCCAGCAACGUGGCGGUGAAUGAGGACUGCGAGCUCAGGAUCCUGGACUUCGGGCUGGCCCGCCAGGCGGAGGAGGAGAUGACCGGCUACGUGGCCACCCGCUGGUACCGCGCCCCUGAGAUCAUGCUCAACUGGAUGCACUACAACCAGACAGCAGUGGACAUCUGGUCUGUGGGGUGCAUCAUGGCGGAGCUCCUCCAGGGGAAGGCCCUCUUCCCGGGCAGCGACUACAUCGACCAGCUGAAGCGCAUCAUGGAGGUGGUGGGCACACCCAGCCCCGAGGUUCUGGCCAAGAUAUCGUCGGAACAUGCCCGGACGUACCUCCAGUCGCUGCCCCCCAUGCCCCAGAAGGACCUCCGGAGCAUCUUCCGCGGAGCCAACCCCCUGGCCGUGGACCUCUUGGGAAGGAUGCUGGUGCUGGACAGCGACCAGAGGGUCAGUGCGGCCGAGGCGCUGGCCCACGCCUACUUCAGCCAGUACCACGACCCGGACGACGAGCCCGAGGCCGAGCCGUACGACGAGAGCGUGGAGGAGAAGGAGCGCUCUGUGGAGGAGUGGAAGGAACUCACCUACCAGGAAGUCCUCAGCUUCAAGCCCCCGGAGCCACCGCAGCCGCCGGGCGGCCGGGACGUCGUCGAGCAGUGAGCUGCGCCGGACGGAGCUCACAGUGGGGCUGGGCCUGCCCCCUGCCCCCCCCCCCGGCUCCCCAGCUGCCAGGGGGUUGCCCCCACCGCUCGACCCCUGUCCUGGGACCCCCGGUCUGCAUGCUGCUCCCUGUGGGAGUCUGCGCACACGUAUGAACGCAUGAACGUGUGCCCUUGUGCAAGCCGUGGGCGGAGGAGUAUGGACAGCGUGUCCUUGGCCCUUCUCCCACCUCCCAACAACCAGGGCCUCCCCUGGGACCUCACCGUAGAGGACCUGGAUGCUUAGGGGUCGGUCCCCCAGGCAGCGUGUCUGUCUCCGGACCUCAGGCCCAGCGGGCUGUCUCUGGGAGGUGGUGCACUGGGACCAGGGCCCGCUGGAGACUCAGAGGGUGGAGUGUCUGUGGUCCAAGCUGCUCAGCCUGGAACUGGGGGCUACCCUGAGAAAUGCUGAGACCCAAAGCCCUGAGAGCGGGACAGGGUCUUCCCUGGGGGGGGGGCAGGGUGGCGACAGCCACAAAGUGUCAAGUCGGACCCCUCCUGCAGCCACAUGCUCCCCGGAGCUGUGUGGCAUGUGUGCUCCUGGCAUUUACAUGUCCAGGCAGGCGACGGUGUCCCAGGGCCAGUGGCUGUGGCCAGCAGGAGGCCCAAGGUGGGGUAGCUGCGUGCCUCCCCCCCGCCCCCCCAGUGUCUGACGUCACGGGGCAUGUGCUGUGUCCCACUCGAGGGGCUCAGGUGGGCAAGGAGCAACCUCGGGAACCACAGCCGGGGCGCUGUCCUCGGGGUCCCAAGCACCAGGGCGCGGAGCCAGCCAGCCGGGGAGCUGGCGAGCAGGGGGGGCGGGGGGAGGCGUGGGGGGCUGGCACCCACUGAGGCGGACUUGGACUUGGGCCCUGGGCCGGGGCCGGGGGCUGGUGAAGACGCCCCUGCCCGCUCGCUGGCCCUGGGCCGACAGUCGGGGCGCUGCGCUCCUUCCGGGACGGAGCUGACCCGUGACCUCUGGGCCAGGCCCUGCUCCAGAGGUGUUGGAGGUGUGGCCUCGGGUGGUGACCUCCGACCUCGCACGCCCCCCGGGGGGUCAGACUGUCAAGUGCCUGCACCAGAGUCUCAGUAAAGGAGGUUUCCUCUUGCUCAGCUUGUGUCCCGGCGCCGGGUGCUGUCUUGCCCUCCCGCUGCCGGGAGGGGCGGCCGGGGCUCCGUGCGUCACACCCCCAGCUGGCCCAGCCGCACCAGACACCCAGGUCCCUUGGGUCCCAGUCGGACAAGCAGCCGUCUUUCAGCCCCCUCCCU